AGCCCCUCCUCCGCAGGUGCAGGCCUGGUGUACUCUUCUGUCUGGUCAGAGUGAAAGAGAACAAUGCAGAGGGACUCUGGCCCACUAGUACCUUUACAUUGGAUUGGCUUUGGCUAUGCAGCUUCUGGUGGGAUCAUUGGCUAUGCAAAAGCAGGUAGUGUCCCAUCACUGGCUGCUGGGCUGCUUUUUGGUAGUUUAGCAGGCCUGGGUGCUUAUCAGCUGUCUCAGGAUCCGAGGAACAUCUGGGUAUUUCUAGCUACAUCUGGAACGUUAGCUGGCAUUAUGGGAAUGAGAUGCUACCACUCUGGAAAAUUUAUGCCUGCAGGCUUAAUCGCUGGUGCCAGUUUGCUGAUGGUCGCCAAACUUGGAAUUAGUGUGUUGAAUAGACCCCAUCAAUAGUAGUCAUGUCCCGCUUGGACUCAUGAAGAAUUUAAAAACUUCCACUAUUUUUAGUGUAUUAAGAGAAACAAGUGCAGCAUUUUCACAUAUUCUGACAUUUUACUUAACAAAACAGAACAAAAAUAACAUUGAACUUUCCAGAAGAAAUCAGUCAUUAUCAUUACAGCCUUAAAGAGGUGGGUGGUAUGUAACCCAUGAGCUUCUUAUAUAUUUUCAUACAGUUUGAUUCUUGUACGUGAUGUUCUCUCUUCUUUCUGUAUCUAUGGGUAAAGUCUCAAGGGGUAAAAUGUUAGGUAUCAACAUUGAGGGCCUUGAAACCCCAUGCCCUACUCAGAACAGUGUGAAAAAAGUCUCUUAGGAACUUUAGGAUUUUUCUUUGGCUUAUCCUAGAGCACAGACCUACUUUGAAAUUAUGUCAAAUGAAAUAUAUAAAUAAAGUUUACUGUAAGU